AUGGCUGAUAACGAGUCUCUAUCGUCUGAGUUGACCAGGAUCGAUGCUGCCAUGCACAAGAUUAAGAAUCUGCGUCCUACCUUCUUCACACUUGACGACCUUGAUGCAGAACUGGUCUCUAUGACCAUGGUUCGUGCUCUGCCCACCUUCUACUCCCAUUUCGCCUCGUCCUUGCAGCUACUCGACAAACUCGACAAGGACACACUCCAGCUGCCUUCAUUAAUGAGGAGGCCCUUUGCACUCGCUCCAGCACGCCAGGAACAACAGCUGUCCUGUCUGCUUCAACGUUUCAGUCUGUCAAUAUCGGUCACCUUCAAGUGCAGUGCAUUCGCUAUGCAUGCAUGA